CCUAGCUACAUUAGCGCUGAGCUUGCCCGGAGUCGAGUACAGGCACACUCAAAAGACUGGUCUAGAUUUACUAGUUUCCACAAUGUCACGAGGAUCAAGUGCUGGGUUUGACCACUUCAUAACUGUCUUCUCUCCCGAAGGACGGCUGUAUCAAGUCGAAUAUGCUUUCAAAGCAAUCAACCAAGGGGGCAUGACAUCAGUUGCAGUGAAGGGUCCAGACUGUGUUGUGGCUAUUACACAGAAGAAAGUUCCUGACAAGCUUCUUGACCCAAUGACUGUCACACACAUGUACAAAAUCACAGAGCACAUAGGAUGUGCUAUGACAGGCAUGACAGCCGACAGCAGGUCCCAGGUAUUCCGAGCCCGAGUAGAGGCAGCCAACUGGAAGUACAAGUAUGGUUACGAGAUCCCUGUUGAGAUGCUUUGUAAGAGGAUGGCUGACAUAUCACAGGUUUACACACAGAGUGCACAGAUGAGGCCCCUAGGAUGCAGUAUGAUUCUCCUAGGCUGGGACGAAGAGCUUGGCCCUCAGCUCUACAAGACGGAUCCAGCAGGGUACUUCUGCGGCUACAAGGCCACCAGCGUAGGGGUCAAGCAGACAGAGGCCAACAGCUUCUUGGAGAAGAAACUCAAGAAGAAGCAGGACUUCACCUACGACCAAGCAGUCGAGACUGCCAUCAAGUGUCUGUCAUCUGUGCUGUCAGCUGACUUCAAACCAACAGAGAUUGAGGUAGCAGUAGUGACAAGAGACAACCAAGCGUUCAGAACGCUGUCUGAAGAAGAAAUUGAUGGUCACUUAGUGGCCAUAGCAGAGAAGGAUUAACCAGGGAGUCCAGUAACAUGAUUAUUCCAAUUCUGUGUCAGGAUUUCAAAGGCAGAGGUCAUUCCAAAAACACAAAAUUUCGCAUUAACCAUCUUUAAAAAAAACAUGGAACCACUGUUGUAAUGAGCCAAUAGAAAGGCCUUAUAUCAGAUAGUGGCAUCUGCCUUUGAAAAUCCCACUUUUGUACAUUAGUUUGAUACUUUCUGUUAACAACACCGACAUAGCCAGUGUUGAUAAAUGUGUGUAUUGUCUGUACUUCUCAGUUAAAAGAGAAUCGAUCAUUAUUAAUUCUCAAUACCGGUACGUUGCCAUUGGGUUAAAUAUGACAAUUUUUAGAAUUAAAUUCUCUGCUUUCGCCAUGAUUCAAAUCUCCUAUAAAGCUGUUUCUUGCAGUAAUGACCCAUACACUGUACGGGUCAAAAGUCAGCUACGAACGGUUAUCAUUCAUAUUUAUCUGAUAAACAUGCUAGGAUUUCAGCAAGUGUUGGUAUUUACAAAAUACAAACCCCAUAUGAAAGAUUACAUUUAAUAAACAUCACAUUGGCGCCUGUUCUACCAAGUGUAGAUUGAUUUUCAAAGUAAUUAGAAAAAAUUGUAUCCUUUUAUUAAUCCAAAACUAGCUACAACUACUAUAAACCAAAAAGAUCUGUGAAUACCAACACACUUGCAGAUCCUAUGACAAUGUGUAUAUCCCUGUUUUUUUUGUUUAAAUAUACGUGAAUAAAAACAGA